CUUAUCAUAAGAGUGAAGUCAGAGUAAGGCUUUCUUUAAAACCAUGCCGUCUUCUCGCCCGGGCCCGCCGCCGAAUCCGGCCGAAAUCGCGGCCCCGAAUGUCGAUGGGCGCUCCCAUUCGCGCUUCAGCGGUGUCCGAUCCGCGGCUGUCCUUGCGGCGAUGUCCGCGACCGGAUGCGCAGUGUAUUUACUCCGCGCGCGGUUUGAACCGUCAAGCGGAAGACGUGCAGAUCAAGACACGAGUGAACAGGGCUCAUCUCCACUCGCAAAGGUGUCCCUUGCUCCUCACCGCGCAUCCGAGGAGCAGCAUUUUCAAGCAGCCCAUACGCGGGAUAGAACAAAAAUAUCCAUCGACUCGAACUUUAGCGAAGACUCAAGCACCUCUUCUCUGUUCUCCUGGAUAUUGUCGGUGUCAGGGAGAGACGCGACCGCAGACACUUUGCGGCUGCCGAUGCGGCCCGUUUGCUUGCCCCGUAACGAUCUUCCAGCAAUGUCGACAGGAAAAGAGGCAUCAGCGUCCGAAAUGAAAUCUCCACAGCCCUACAACUAUGAAGAUCAUCGAGUGUCGCAUCUUACAACAGCAGCAGUCGCAGGCAAGCCGGGAGGAAACGUUAUCGCGCAGAGGCUACGCAAACUUGAGGAACCGAAAGCAAAUUUGUCACGGAAGGGCAGAUCAGCUUCGCAGCUGCAUUCGCCUCUCUGCCUGACGAAUGCCUACGCCGCACCCACGCAACGCCGCAGUGCUGGAUAUGCAACGCGCCUUGACAUUUCACCGGUAGUGGAGGGCGAGGAGACGAAAACUUUCGAGGUUUUAGUAGAUACGCGUUCUUCCGUCAUCUUCGUCCCCGACGCCUCCGCUGGCGUGCACGUCGGCAGACCAGCUUUCAAUUCGGGAUCGAAAUUUGCAAAGGUGAGCAGUGUAACGCUGCCGAGCUUCGGCGUUGCAGUGGGUUACCGGGUCCAAAGCACCGUAGUGCUAGGAGAUGUCUCGAUCAGCAGCCAAGGAUUUAUCUCCGCGUUUGCGAUUCCCCCAAGUUUUCCGAUUCAAUCCGUGGAUGGCGUGCUCGGCUUAGGGCGAAUGACGUUGCCGCUGCGCUCUGACUCCAUUUGGCUGAAUUUGCUUGGCGGGAAAAGCUCAUUAGGUGCUUUUGAAUACUGUUCAUGAUAAUCGAAAUCUUCAAUUGUUGUACUUCGAAGUAGACGCAAUUAAACAUAAAACUACGAAAAGAAAUCGAACUUCUGAUCACCACUUCUUAAGCAAGGUUUCUACUAAUUGAUGACCCGUCACUAGUGAAUCAUUUUGUUUUGUGUCGCUUAAGUGGUCCGAAAUAGUCCACGGUCGCUCGUUACGCUUUUGGCUUUGUGUCUGUUUUGUGAGUGCUGAAAGAUAGUCAACGGUCAUCGCUUAAGCGAGGUUUCUACUAAGCAGAGACCGGCCACUCGCUACGCUUUCGCUUUUGUGUCGCUUAAGUGGUGAUGGGACAUCACUUAAGCGAGGUUUCUACUAAGCAGUGAUCGGUCAUUCGCUACCCUUUCGCUUUUUGUGUCGCUUAAGUGGUCCGAAAUAGUCCACGGUCGCUCGUUACGCUUUUGGCUUUGUGUCUGUUUUGUGAGUGCUGAAAGAUAGUCAAUGGUCAUCGCUUAAGCGAGGUUUCUACUAAGCAGUGAUCGGCCAUUCGCUACCCUUUCGCUUUUUGUGUCGCUUAAGUGGUGAAGGGACAUCACUUAAGCGAGGUUUCUACUAAGCAGUGAUCGGCCACUCGCUACCCUUUCGCUUGUGUGUCGCUGAAGUGGUGAAAGUGACCGCCCUCCAAUCCAGCUACAAGUUUCGUUGUAUCGAAAAGAAAUAUGUGAAAGCCUAGGAAGAACUACACCGAAACCACUAGGUCAACUUUCGUCGGGUUUUUUUUGGAUGGAGUACCAGGAUGAUGGCAGCAGCGAACUAGUACUAAAAAAAAAUCUGCCUGACACCCGGUACGACCCGACUAAUGUUAAGGACAACAUCUAGUGUCCAUUUUUGUCAGCAUCUCGAUACCUUUUUGUUAUCUCGAUACCUUUUUGUUUCCCUUGUAUGGAUUUCGCAGGAAAAGGGGUCGAGAUCAUCAGGGGACCGAAAUGAAUGUUAGCCGACUCUAAUAAGGGCGCGAAUUGGCUCCCAACUUUGGGAACUGAGAACUAUCCGGAGUGGCUAGUCUUGGCUAAUUCUGUAACGGUGAAAUCACAAGCAGAUGCGAAGCCCCUCGUCAGCAAAAGCGGUGUUGUAGGUACCCAUCGAUACAUCAAAAAUACCAUCCGAUGCUUCAGGAGCAUCAUCUUCAGAUUAAGUGUUUAAUCGCAACGAGGACGAACAACUAACAGUGAUGUUACCUCACGAAACGACAAGAAGAACAAGGUGCCACCAUCUAGCUUCAUCGAGCUAUAUUUUUUACAACAAAAAUACUCUCUCUGUUCAUCAAAUUUUUCUCUUCUUUACAGUGGCCUUCGAUUUCGGCGCAGCGGAUUGGGUAGUAGCGCCUGGUGCGGAUUUUGCACAAAUCAUGCAACAAAUAGAGAAACUGGAAGGAAUUACGAAUCCUCUAUAUAUCCCGUGCUCACAGGCUGCCAACCUUCCGAUUCUCGAAUUCGUAUCAUUGUUUUUUUUUAUAACAAAUUGGACUUUGUUUGUUUUUUCGCUAGAGGAGGUGGACGCUAGAUGGAGGUGGGCGUGGGUUUAUUGAUGAUUGUGCACCUAGAAGUUUUUUUGUUGCUACGUUGUUUGUUCAAUAAUCUUCGACUUUAGGCCAUCGAUCAACGCAACUUCUCAGGAUAUUUUAGGAGAGACCUACUCACUUGACGGAUCGGAGUACACUCAGGCAGAUGCGGAGAACGAUCUGCUAGAAGUCGAGAGUGCGGCUGCACCAUCUACCGCAUCAUCACCUGCUGAACCAUCUUCAAGUGCUCCUGAAAAGUUUGGAGCUGCUGUGAACAAACUCAACGAGCAACAAAGAUCCGCACCGGAUGAACACCAUCAACAAGCACUUCUUACAACUUCAAGCACAACUUCUUUAUGUGGCAGUGAAGAUCAUGGUUCAACAUCAGGAUCAGCAACUUCGAUAUCAAAAGUUGACAGCGCUUCCAGUAGUACAACGACCACACCUAGUCCCACCACACAGAUGUGUCACGUGCGCAUAUCCUCGGAUCCAGAUGUCGCUUACUGGAGGUUGGGCUUCGCAUUCCACAAAAAAUAUCCAGUUACAUACAGCUUCGUCCAGUCACGAGUUGGGUUGCCCAGGUCGCGCGCACCUACUUGGGUGAAGGACAACUGGCCGGCUCUUGCGAUUCCCAGUGUCUUUGGAGUAGUACUAGUUUUAUUUCUACUGUACGUGCGCUCGCAAGGUAGCGCGGCUGCCGAAACAGGAGCUGCGGUCGGACCAGGGGGAGCAGUAGGAGCAGCGGCAGCAGGAGGAGCAGUACUCGAAGGGCGCCCGGCAACGGCGGUGUAGUGAUCAUGCUGAUAGCAUAUAAGAAGCUUGUUCUUUUUAUUUGACGAACGAGAAAACCUGAGAAUUUAGAUUCCACCACUUGCUUUUCACGAAACAUCAAUCACAUGACAAAACAAAUACGAGGAUGCGACGUCCCCGAUUUUUGACACUAAGUGCUACAUGUCUCUCUGAAGACAAUCAUGAAUUACAUUCGCGCAGUCGUUUUGAUUUUUUCAGAUGACACACAUACUCUUUCGCGUGGUGCGAAAACGCAAAGCUAACGAUUUUUUUUUUUGGCAAGGAAAAUUAUUCGCAUUAAAUUUAAAAUAAAGUA